CGUCUGAAUGCAGCCAAUGCUGCUGUAUUUAACCUUCGCCACCUUCCCUCUUGGCAGGUACAACAUGCCAGCAUGCAGAUCACGGCUGAGAAACAGUACAAGGGGAUCAUUGACUGCGUGGUCCGAAUUCCCAAGGAGCAAGGCGUUCUCUCCUUUUGGCGAGGCAAUUUGGCCAACGUGAUCCGGUACUUCCCCACACAAGCCCUAAACUUUGCUUUCAAAGACAAGUACAAGCAGAUCUUCUUGGGCGGCGUUGACAAAAGAACCCAAUUCUGGCGUUACUUUGCGGGCAACCUGGCAUCCGGAGGCGCUGCCGGAGCGACUUCCCUCUGCUUCGUCUACCCCCUUGAUUUCGCCCGAACGCGUCUGGCGGCCGACGUGGGGAAAGCCGGGGCAGAACGAGAGUUCAAGGGGCUCGGCGACUGCCUGGUCAAGAUCUUCAAGUCGGAUGGCCUUCGGGGGCUGUAUCAAGGGUUCAACGUCUCGGUCCAGGGAAUCAUCAUCUAUAGAGCGGCAUAUUUUGGCAUUUAUGAUACCGCAAAAGGCAUGCUUCCUGACCCAAAGAACACCCACAUCUUAAUCAGCUGGAUGAUCGCGCAGACAGUAACAGCAGUUGCAGGCCUGACCUCAUAUCCCUUCGACACCGUACGACGGCGAAUGAUGAUGCAAUCUGGGCGCAAAGGAGCUGACAUCAUGUAUUCUGGAACAAUUGACUGCUGGCGGAAGAUCGCCCGUGACGAGGGUGGCAAAGCGUUCUUCAAGGGUGCAUGGUCCAACGUCCUGAGAGGAAUGGGGGGUGCUUUUGUGCUAGUCUUGUACGACGAAAUCAAGAAGUUCACAUAAGCUGCUUCCCCACUCCUAGAUGGCACUUCCUACAUGAUAUUCCAUGGACUGCAUCAAAACUAUUUAUCGUUCCCCUUGUGGUGUCUCUUAGUCGACGGAGAGGCCAUGAUUCUACUUGCCUGGUCCCUUUUCUCAAGUCAUUCCCCUGACGAUGGGACUCAAACUUUAUUUUUAUUCAGUCACUCCUGUUAAAAUAAGUUUGAGAAAUAAAAUGGAAAAAACGGUA